AUGCAAGGAGGUCUGCGUCUCGUUCGAGUCGCUCACAUCACAGCAGUGGCGAGAGUGCGUAUGGGGGCAAUUUCUAUCAAUCAUCAACAGUCACUUUUUAGUGGCUCUUCGGUAUUUUAUUGCGCUAGCGCCAGUGGUGGCCACGUCUCCGAUAAUACGCUGACUACCCGAGACGAGAAGGGAAAUUCGUUGAUUCGGGUGAAACGGCUCCCGCUUACGUUAAUAGAAGAAGUUCCUCUUCCACAGCGUGUCUUGACAGAUCUUGAACUCGUGAUGAUGGCGUGGUGUGAAGAACAUGCGCGGCAGUACGCUAUGAUCAUGAUGGCCAUCCGUGUGGCAAUAUUUUUUUUGCUGCUCAUUAUCCUCUAUGUGUUCUACCGAACCCAACUUUCCAGUGAGCGGAUGAUACGAGGGGUGGCUCAUAUGCCAGCGGACCUUCGUAUUGGUAGCGUGGUCUACUUUGACAUUGCGGAAAACGGUGCAGAUAUUGGCCGGGUUGUUAUUGGACUUCUUAACGAGAAAUGCCCUCUUUACUGUGAGUACUUUCACCGAAGGUGUACAGGGAGCGGUGAUACAGGCGACUCGUUUCGAGGUAUGCAGUUGGCUGCUAUUGUUCCACGACAUUGUUUGAUAUUUGGUGAUGGGAGGGAAAUGACCCACGACGUCACUGGUUUUAAUCCACAUUACUUGCCUACCGAACACCUUGGGACAGGAUCAUGGAGAGGGGCUUUGUCUUCUAUUGCAUACGGAGUUAACAAGGAAAGCCCCAAUUUUGCCAUUCACGUUUCUGCUGGUGACUAUGCCCCUCAAAUAUUUGCUUUAGUUAUUGGAGGAUUUGAUGUGGUUGAGAGAAUCAAUGCUGGGGGUUCAAAGCAUGGCAACGCCCCAAAGAAGGGCUUUACGAUAGUAGAAUGUGGUGAGUUGUGCACGCUUGCCAAAUCACAUAUCGUUCCCAUGCCAUGGAAACUUUACGAAAGUAUUUCUAAGGGGUAUGACGAAGAAAAGUUUGGUGAAAGAAUCCCUCGUGACUUCCUUGAGAGGUCUGACGAACAUUCUACUGCCAGGGUGCUGAAUAGCACAACUGGUCAGGAGAAAAUAGGAAAGACAGUGCCUUGGUGGAGAUUUUUGUGGUAA